GUGACGUCACCUUCAAAAGUGAAAGUAUUUUUUAAAGUAACUGCGACACGUAAUCGCAAUAUAAAGCUCAAAGGCAGAGGGCAUCAGACUCCAUGAGGACAGAAUGAGCCAUGUACAACAAUGCAAAGAUGGAGAUUUCUCUCCGGGAUGCUGUUCAGACGAGCAGGAAAGAUCAGAUUCACCAGAGCCCAGCUUUGUGUCCAUGAAGAGUGACUGGUCUAUAGAUCCUCCACCAGAAAUGAAAGGAGGAGACAUGCAGAGUGUCAGUUCAGAUCAGCAGAAGAGCUCAGAUUCACCAGAGCCCAGCUGUGUGUCCAUGAAGAGUGACUGGUCUAUAGAUCCUCCACCAGAAAUGAAGGAUGGAGACAGAAGUUCAGAUCAGCAGCAGAGCUCAGAUUCACCAGAGCCCAGCUGUGUGUCCAUGAGGAGUGACUGGUCUAUAGAUCCUCCACCAGAAAUGAAAGAUAGAGACGGAAGUCAAAGUGUACAUAAUCGUUUAGGGAGAUUCCCGCGACCGAGACCAGUCGUAACAGAACCUGUCUGUAAGAAAAUGAAAUAUAAGUCUAUGGAUGAACUGCAAGACUUAGAUGAAAGCAUUAAUCCUGGUUUCAGAUCAAAACUGAAGAAAAAGUUUGAAUGUCUGUACGAGGGAACAGCAAUGGACAGAAACCCAACACUCCUGAAUGAGAUCUACAUCACAGAGAGUGAGAGUGGAGAGAUCAGUAAUGAACAUGAGUUGAGACAGAUUGAGACACAAUCUAGGAGAACAGCAACAGAGGACACACCGAUCAAAUGCAGUGAGAUCUUUAGAUCUUUACCUGGACAAGACAAAGCCAUCAGAACUGUGCUGACAAAGGGAGUCGCUGGCAUUGGAAAAACAGUCUCUGUGCAGAAGUUCAUCCUGGACUGGGCUGAAGGGAAAGAGAAUCAGGACGUCCAGCUCAUAUUUCCACUUCCUUUCAGAGAACUCAAUCUGAUGAAGGACAAAACACUCAGUCUUUCAGAUCUUCUUUAUGUCUUUUUCCCUGAAACAAAAGAAAUGGACAUUUUCAGUGAUGAGUAUAAAGUGUUGUUCAUCUUUGAUGGUCUGGAUGAGUGUCGUCUGUCUCUGGAUUUUCAGAGAGAUGUGAAGAUGUACGAUGUAAGUGAAUCAGCUUCAGUGGAUGUGCUCUUGAUGAACCUGAUUGUGGGGAAUCUGCUUCCCUCUGCUCUCAUCUGGAUCACCUCCAGACCAGCAGCAGCUGAUCUCAUCCCCUGUGAGUGUGUCCAUCGAGUGACAGAGGUACGAGGAUUCAAUGAUCUGCAGAAAGAGGAAUACUUCAGGAAGAGAAUCAUUGAUCAGAGUCUGGCCAACAGAAUCAUCUCACACCUGAAGUCAUCAAGGAGCCUCUUCAUCAUGUGCCACAUCCCAGUGUUCUGCUGGAUCUCAGCCGCUGUUCUAGAGAAGAUGCUGAGUCAAGCAGAGAGUGGAGAGAUUCCCAAGACUCUCACUCAAAUGUACACACACUUCCUGAUCCUUCAGACCAACAUCAAACAUGAGAAAGACUAUGAACAGAAAGUGAAGGAUGAAGAGAUUAUCCUCAAACUGGGAAAACUGUCUUUUCAGCAGCUUGUGAAAGGCAAUGUGAUCUUCUAUGAGGAAGACCUGAGAGAGUGUGACAUUGAUGUGACAGAAGCAUCAGUGUACUCAGGAUUGUGUACUCAGAUCUUCAGAGAGGAGUUUGGCUGGUACCAGGGGAAAGUCUUCUGCUUUGUUCAUCUGAGCAUUCAGGAACAUCUAGCAGCUUUAUAUGUGCACCUCUCCUGUAUAAACAGCAACAGAAAUGCAUUUGGCGAAAUCAUCAAAAAGAGAAAUCUGUUAAACGUUUUAGAUUGUUUACAUACUAACCCACCAGAACAUGUUUCAUUGUUUGAGCUACAUCAGAGAGCUGUGGAUGAGGCUCUACAGAGUAAAAAUGGACAUCUGGACCUUUUCCUGCGCUUUCUUCUGGGUCUGUCAGUGCAGACUAAUCAAAAUCUUCUGCAAGGAUUAAUGCAAUUGACAAUAAGGAGCUGUGACAGCAAGAAAGAAACAAUUAAGUGGAUCAAGAGGAAGAUCAAAACCACACGCUCUUCAAACAAGUCCAUCAAUCUGUUUCACUGCCUGAAUGAAUUGGGUGAUCAUUCACUAGUGGAAGAAAUACAACAGUAUCUGAGAUCUGGAACAUUAGCUGAAGCCAAGCUCUCCUGUUCUCAGUGGUUAGCUGUAGUGUUUGUCUUGUUGACAUCAGAACAAGUAAUGGAUGUAUUUGAGCUGAAUAAAUUUAUUGGAAAUAAAAAUACUUCCGAUAAGGUUCUUCAUAAGUUGCUUCCCGUGAUUAAAGAAUCCAUAUCAGCACAUUUGGAUGACUGUAAUAUUACAGCUGAAGGUUGUGCUUCUCUGGCUUCAAUUCUGAAGUUGAACAAAUCUCAUUUGAGAGAACUGGAUCUGUCUGAGAAUAAACUAAAAAAUUUGGGCAUUAAGCAUCUAUCUGAUGGUCUUAAGGAAUCUCACUGUGAACUGCAGAAACUGAAUCUGUAUCAUUGUGGAAUCACAGAAGAAGGUUGUGCUGCUCUGGCUUCAGCUCUGAGAUCAAACCCUUCACACCUAAGAGAACUGAAUUUUACUGAAAAUAUGAUAGGAGAUUUGGGACUCAAGCUCCUUUCUGAUGUACUGAAAGAACCUCUCUGUAAACUGGAGAACCUGAGUUUGUGCCAGUGUGGAAUCUCACCUGAAGGUUGUGCUGCUCUGGCUUCAGCUCUGAGAUCAAACCCUGAACGCCUGAGAGAACUAGAUCUGUCUCAGAAUGAAAUAGGAGACUCUGGAGUGACUGCACUCUCUGCCGAACUGGAGAAUCCUAACUGCAAAUUAGAGAAACUGGGGUUGAGGUUAUGCGGUAUCACAGAGGAAGGUUGUGCUGCUCUGGCUUCAGCUCUGAGAUCAAACCCUGAACGCCUGAGAGAACUAGAUGUGUCUCAGAAUAAAAUAGGAGACUCUGCAGUGACUGCACUCUCUGCCGAACUGGAGAAUCCUAACUGCAAAUUAGAGAAACUGGGGUUGAGGUUUUGUGGUAUCACGAAUGAAGGUUGUGCUGCUUUGGCUUCAGCUCUGAGAUCAAACCCUGAACACCUGAGAGAACUAGAUCUGUCUCUUAAUGAAUUAGACCAAGGAGUCAGAGUCUGUACUCUACAGCGUAUACUGGAAAGACUGAAUAAACUGCUGACUCUCAGUAUUUAGAUGUCUGUCCAGCUUCAUCAGGAUCGGCUGAUGGAGGAUAAGGAGAUGCUACAGAGACACACAUCCCAGCAGCUAAAACUUGAUAGAGGUUGGCUGCGCAGACUGCUUUCAUUUAAAUGCGAUCAUACUGGUGUCAAGUCCUAACGCUCCCAAGUCUGUGGAUGAUGCAGUCAACCUAUGAUCAUCUUACAACACCUCAACAGGCCUGGGAAUUACGCAGAGAUCCUAUGUGUGGACCUCAGUUUGGUCUUCAAUACCAACAAGCCUGACCUUCUCUCAGACAAAGUGAAACAGCUCUCUCUGCUCACCUCUGUCUGUCAAUGUAUCACCUGCUUUCUGACAGACAGGCAGCAGUUUUAGUGAGGCUGGGCAAACUCACAACCAGGGCUCUCGCUCUUAGCACUGGAGUCCCUCAGGGUUGUUUCCUCUCCUAAAACAUUAUUUGAUGUAAAUAGGGUGAAUGAAACCACAUUUUGCAGAUUAAAUAAUUAACUUGCAUCGCAACAAAUUGUAGACAUAACGUUAUGCAUUUGUUGUAAAUUAAUACAAUAAAUAAAUGAUCAUCUACACCGAAAGAAAAACAA